AGAACCGCGUCAAAGACUGAAUUUAAAAAGAUGUUUCUUCCUCUUACGUUAGAUAUAAUCCUUGGUCAAUGUUCCAACCUCUUCUCACCUAACCCUUCAUUCAUCCCUUCCAAUCCAAUCUCUUCUUCCGUUCCCUUGUUGCCCUUAUUCUCUCAGAUGGAGCUGCAUCACAGAAAGUUACUUGAGCUUCCAGAUACUCCUGGUUACGUUAAACCAACUCCCAACAACCACAAAACCACAUUCUUGAUCGUCGGCUUUUCCGUUGUAGCCGCCGUUUUCGUUGUCCUCUGCUCCUACGCCAUCUAUGUCAAGUUUUUCUCUUCUAGGAACAGGUCUGUGAGGAGAAGCUUGUCACGGCCUCAAACUGAGGAAGAUUUCUUGGACGAAGAAGCACAUGGCCCUGUGGUUGACCACCCCAUCUGGUACAUCCGCACCACCGGCCUCCAACAAUCAGUGAUCGGUUCCAUCACCGUUUGCAAGUACAAGAAAGAUGAAGGCUUGAUUGAAGGGUCGGAAUGUUCCGUUUGUUUGAGCGAGUUUGAAGAGGACGAAAGUCUCAGGCUUUUGCCUAAGUGUAACCACGCUUUUCACUUGCCUUGCAUUGACACCUGGCUUAGAUCGCACACCAAUUGCCCCAUGUGCCGUGCUCCUAUUGUUACUGACCCCACAAGGGUUCCUUCCAUGGACACCAAUGCUUUUGUGGAAGUGGAGAGUGGUAGCGGUGGUGGAGAAGAACAUAAUCAUGUUCAAGCUCAAGCUCAACCCCAACAUGGUGAUGAUUUUUUGAGGGGUGAGGAAGAGGGAGAAGUUGAAGUGUGUGAAACUGAGAACAUGGCUUCAGAAGUGAUCGCUGUGCAACCAAGAAGAUCAGUGUCUCUUGAUUCUUCUUCUGCUGCUAAGAUCAGUCUUCCUCUUGCUACUGUUGUGUCAGGAGAUUCUCAUGGAAAUAAUUCAAAGAGAAUUAAAGGUGGUUGCAGUUCUUCUUCUUCUUCUUCUUCUUCCAUCAAAAGGUCACGAUCCUUCAAUGCCAAGCACUUAAUAUCAUGGUAUGGGCGCAGCCAGAGAAAGCCAAAUGCUCCAUUGAGAAGCUUCUGAUGGAUUGGAAGUUGGAAGUUCUCAAUAGAAAUGAUUAUUAGGUACUCUGGAACCUCCUGUAUUUAUAGUCUUCAUUAAUCUCUAUACAACAUACACUCACCUAUUUCUGCUGUUUAUGAAAAAGAUUAAUAACACUUUAAUUAUAGGUUACAUAGAGAUUAAUGAGGAUCAUAAACCUAGUAGUUUUCCAGUCUUUUGCCAACUAGAGUGUAGAUUCUGACUCUCAACAAGGUGAGGGUUUGAAGGGUUUCUGUGUGAUGAUCAAGUGCACCUACAAAGUAUAAUUGCUUUGUUUGCCUCAAGUUAGCAGGUGUGAUGUCUGUUCUGCUUUCUAAGAGGCAAUGUAACAACCACUUUAUGUGCAUACCUUUUUUCUCAUCCGACAUGAUGCAUGGAUGCUGAAAAUAAAUGCAGGACAUAUUGUCUAACAUUCAGCAAUUAAUGUAUAGUAAUAUGUUAUGAAA